AUGAUUAUCCGGCCGUCUGAUAUUAUUCAUGGGGCAGGCUGCGCUGUCCGACGGCCAAAUCGAACGUUCUACACUAUGUUUAUUAUUUUUAGUAAGUUCAUAAUAUAAAAAAUUGGUAUGGUAUAUUCAUUUUAUAAAAAAAUAGAAAAGCGUUUAUAUUUCAAACAAAUUUUAAUUGCUUAUUAUAAUAUUUGACAAUCAAAUUUUGUUCAUUAUAGCACUGAUCAUAUCACAAGCACAAGUCCGAAGUCUUUCAACAGCACAGAUGGUACCGCCAAGCGUGGCGAGAGCAACAGAAGCACGGCACGCUGUAAGUUUUGGUGAUAUGGAACAUGGCCGAAUUGGUUGGCGCGUUAAACGAGACUCUUUGCCUUGGAAAGGCUCUUACUCGUUCUUAGGGUAAGUAUUAAAUAAGUAUUUUUAAAUUAAUUUAUUUCGUAAGUUUUUCAUGUUUGCAAUUGUUGAAACAAAUAUUUCCUGAUUUUUGAAAAUUUGUAAUGUUUUAAAAUGUUUAAACAAAUUUAACUUAAAAAACUUUAGGCCUGUCGAUUCUAAUUCUCCCACAGUUCUCUUAACGGUAGCAGACGCAGAUACGGGUGUGGUAAUCGCUGAUUGUACAACUUCCAUCCAAGCCAAAACAACGCCUCUUGGUUGGAAAGGCGAGCUAGAACACGAUUUUCAUUGGCAUCGUGUCAACUGGGAACUAAACGAAGAGCAACUUACUUGUAAUACUACUGCUGACCAUCAUCCAAUCAUAUCAUCUCUUAACAGCGACGAACUUGAUGCUUAUUUGGUACAAAUUAAAGCACUUAACGGGCCACGAUGUUUAAAGAAUUUGCAUACCGACGAAGAAGAUGAUAUUCAAAGUUUAAAUUCAAAUUGCCCGCCAAAUUUGACAAAACAUUCGUAUUUUGCCGAGCAUUUGAAUUGUGGAUGUCCAAUUGUAAAGAGGGGUUUACCGUUCGCUGAAAAUACGGCUUUUAGUUCGAUACGCAGGAAGCCGGUUUCAACUACCGAAGAUCCAACGAAACAACCGUUAAAUGACCCGUCGGAUUCUGAAGAAGUGGCAUCUCCAGCCUUUCCUAUGUUUCACUUUACUCAAUCGACAGAACAAGAAACUGAAAAGAUUACGGAAAGUAAGUCUUAAUUUUAGAUAAUUUAAAUAUUGUUUUUGUACAAAAGGCGUUCGAAAUACAAGUUGUUUAUUUUUAAAAUUAAAAUUUGUACAAAUAUCAGUUUUAUUAUACGGCCAACAUAUGAAAAACUUGCUAAGAAUCAAAUUUAAAAUUUUUUUGUGUUAAAUAUAUCAUAUUUUAGCUGAACCUUUUACUGAAGUCACUACACCAUUAUCAACAAGCGAAGAAACCCCAGCGCCCGAGCAAAGUCAUCAAGUUUCCAGAGAAACUACAAAAAUAGCCGAAUCGGCCGAACAUGAAAAAACAACGGAGUCGUCGGCCGAGUCGUCUGCAACGACAGCCGCUUCAUCAGAUCCAUGCGAGUCUUUCGAAUGCAAUAAUGGUACUUGUUCGGCAGAAAGUGGUGCACCAAAAUGUACAUGUGCUGAAGGAUAUGCCGGCGAACAUUGUGAACAAGACAUGUGCGCAAACCUCGGCUGUCAGAACGGUGGAACGUGUCAGGUUCGGAAUGGGCGUGCGGUGUGCAAUUGUCCUCGAGGAGUGGAUGGAGAAAAAUGUCAUCAGUUGAACGUAAGAUUUAAUUUGAUAAAAAAUUAAUAGUUUUUAAAUUUUAAAAAUUUUAUUUAAACACUAUUUUUAGAAUUUGUGUUAAUAUUAUAAACUUCGAUUAUAGAAUUUGAUAUGUACUCCUGCCUGUGAGAAUGGUGGUGUUUGUCAGGCUUCAAUGAUUAGAACGGAAGGCAAUACAUGCAAAUGUCCUCAUGGUUACACCGGUUCAAACUGUAACUUACGUGAUUUGUGUGCCAAGAACUCAACGUGCGAGCAAUUUGGUCCGGAUGCGCGAUGUUUCAAAGAUGCUGGAGAUAUGUUCCGAUAUUCUAGUGUUUUGACUGACGGUGUUCACAGCUGUCAAUGCCCUACGUUGCGUGGUUUUAUAGAAUGUUCACAAUUGCAUCCAGAAUUGGCAAAGUUCCAAGGACAAACUGAAACGACAAAACCUUUACAAAGCUUCCAAUCUAGCCCACCGCCAGCAAGACCAAUUAUGCCAGAACAAAAACAAGUGAAUUUAUCUGCUCAAAAUAUUUUAUCUGAAAGGACAACAUCACCCGAAAAUGCGCAUGAAGAAGUAGAAGAUACUGCGGGACAUUCUAGUACAGAAUCUAUACAAUUUCCUAGACUAAUUAACCAACAACAGUCCACAGAAGAAGGGAGUGCAGAAAGUAAACCUAUGUUCGGAUUGACCAGUUUACCAAGUAGGUUUUUUAUCUAUUUUUAUUUCACAACAUUAAAUUUAAUUACAAAAAUGAUUUAAAACAGAUAACCAACCAACAAUUUUACCACGUCCAACUUCUGCCAAAACUGUUUCAAAUUUGCAAUCAACUAUGUUCACAAGGCUGCCAGAUCUAAAACACGUACUUUACACGACGACCAGUCUGCCGUUUUCGCCUGAAAACGAAUCUGAAGAAGAAGGAGACAACGGUUUUGUGCCAGUCACACAAGAGCUGCCUGAGCAAACUUCAGCAGAUCCCGCGCCAAAAAUAUCUGAAUCUUCGAAACGUCCAACUCUGACCAUUCACAAGCUACCGGCUCAAGAAACUACAAAGUUGUCAGUUUUGCCGUCUAAAGGAACUAGUUUGCCUACUGGCACAACUAGUAGCAGUAAUGAAGCAACACAAGCAUCAACAGCAUCUACAGAAGCUAAAACAAUGACUACUUUAAUACCAGAAUCUGCUGAAGAAGAAAUUGAUAAUUCUGAAAGUUCUAAGCCGGUGUCUACUGAAGCUACACACGGUCCAAUGGGACCCGAACAUUCAAUUGUUGAUGAGAUUGUUGGUACAGGUAAGCAUCAAUAUGAGAAUAUGUGGUUUUGAUUUAAACGGUGGUUUUUCACACAUAUCAAUUGUCCAUUAUAUAUUUGUAUAUAUUUAAAUAAAUUUUUAAUUUUGUUUUGAUUUAAGAAGCACCACCUGAAUUCCAUACAGUUGACCCAUCAGGUCGUCCACCAAAUCCAUUUGGACCAGAAGAAUCUGAAAAUUCGCAACAAAAGCCGGCUGAAGCAGAAGAGUUUGAGCCUGACAGUACGACAACAACUGAACAACUUGUGACCACAACUACUCGAAAUGAUAAUGACUCUCAAAUCUUUGGUGAACCUUCAAAGACUCAGUCAAAUUCGAGCACGUGGAUUAUAGCACUUACGGUCGUAGGAAGUAAGUUUGAAAGGUCGUUUUUUUUGUUUUGCUAUUAAUUGCCAAAACCCAAAAGCCUGUAAUGACAAUUUUUUUACGGAGUUUGAUACAACAACCAACUUUGCCAUAUACAUUUCAUUUGUGAAUUUAUUUUUAGUUUUGAUAUUAGCAGCCACUAUUGGCUCGCUUCUAAUGGCUCGUUACGUGCGGAGAAGCCGCCGGCUGCAUGGUAAAUACAAUCCAGCACGAGAGGAAAACGCGGUAACUAGCAACUAUGCGAUGCCCAUGACUUCAGUCAACAAGGACGAACGGUUAAUUUAA